AUGGCCGAUUUGUUUCCUAGCCAGUCACAAUGUAGAAGGGAGUUCCUUCUAUUUAAUUUAAAUAAAGACUUAAAAGAAACCUUGGAAAAAUCUGAGCUUUCCUCUUGGUUAUCUGAAGAUAACCUUGAGGAAGAGAUUAAGCCGUCCAAGACUCUUCAGAGGACCAGUGAGGAGUUAAGACAAUCCAACUCCAAGACAAAGAAAGUUUUUAGGCCUUUAAACUUAAAGAGUCUGUCCCGACCAAACAACGGCUUUACUCGGGGCAGACAGAGCCACUACAAUCCGUCGCAGAGCUCAAUGGGCGACAACCCACGACAUUAUCAGCCACAAUCAUAUCGCAAUCAACACAACAGACAUUUUUACAACAAUCGUCAAACAGAAAAGAGACGCCGAGUACCGACAAACAAAAAUCGCUAGACAUCCGCACUCACUAGAUCACCAGAUUACCCUGGUUGUAGGUUUCUUAUCCGCCAGGCGUUAGAGAGAAAACAAGUUCCUAAUGAGGCUUUAGAUAUUUGCAUGGCAUCUGUAACCAACUCUACACUAAAGCAGUAUAACGGUGCCCUCCAACUUUGGUGGAAAUACUGUAUAGACAAUAGCUUGGAUAUUUUCUGUGUGACACAAAUAUAUAUCGUAAAAUUUCUAACACUUCAAGUCCAUAGAGGCUGUUCUUAUGGCACGCUAAAUUCCUACAGAUCCGCUAUAGGUCAAAUAACAGGUGAAGAUGUCUUAAAAGGAUUUAUGUUAACACGGUUUUUUAAAGGCAUUUAUAAUCUUAGACCUAAUCAACCAAAAUAUGAUUCAAUCUGGGCUCCUUCAAUUGUUCUGGAUGUUAUUGAAAAAUUGAAUAAUGGUACCUUAAAUUUAAGAGAUAUUACGUUUAAGUUGACUAUACUUUUGCUUUUAUCUACGGGUCAACGUGUACAAGCGAUAGCCAAUAUUGAAGUAUGUAAUAUUGAAGAGUCUUCAGAUGGAGUUACUAUUAAGAUACCAAAAAGGUUAAAAACCUCGGGUAGACUUUCAUUUUUUCCAAAUACUCAAUUAUGCGUUGCAAAAACUAUAACCUUUUACUUAGAAAAAAACAAAACAAUUGAGGAAUCUUCAGGCAAACAAUUUAUUAAUAACCUUUUAAAAACUCUAUAAAAAUGCCUCAUCCCAAUCUAUUUCUCGGUGGGUGAAGUGUAUACUAAAACUUUGUGGUAUAGAUACAGCUAUUUUUACUGCUCACAGUACCAGACAUCAGCUGCUGAAUUUAGGGGUAUCAGCAUCGACACAAUUAGAUGUUCAGCUGGCUGGUCUGAAAAAUCUCAGGUUUUUGGGAGAUUUUAUAAUAGACGUAUUAUUAUUAAUAAUUUUGCACAAAGUAUUUUAGAAAAUAGAUAAAUAUAUAGGACUUUAGAGAAUUAUGUUUAUAAGAAUAUGUAUUAAUG